AAUACAGCGAGGCGACCCGGAGAGAGCUAGUCAUUUUGGAGAGCGCAAAGCCAGCGAGGAACUCCUCACUUCACUUCAACCAAUAUUUAUUUAUUUAUCUAUUUAUUCUGAGCCUUGCUUUGGGAUGAACAGACUGCUUCUGAACUUUUUCUGGGUGGCAGCAUUCAGCGCACUCCUUGCAGCGCCGGGGCUCCGGGCUUCUCCAGUGGUUGGGCAGGAACCUAUCCGCUGCGCCCCGUGCUCCCCGGAGCGGCUGGCCGAGUGUCCUGCGGUGGAUGCCGGCUGUGAGGAGGUGCUUAGAGAGCCGGGCUGCGGCUGCUGCCUCGCCUGCGCGUUAAAGAGAGGUGACUACUGCGGGAUCUACACUGCGCCCUGCGGCUCGGGGCUCCGCUGCUUGCCCAAACCUGGAGAAGCCCGACCCCUGCAUGCGCUCACCCGGGGACAAGCGGUGUGCACUGAGACCCCCGAGUCUGAUCAGCACCAAAGCGACAACACGCCAGAUCAUCCCGAGUCUCAUAACGGGCCAACGGCAGUGAAUGAAGGCAGCUCAGCGGUCUUCGUGCCCGCGCACGGCAAGCCCUUCGACCCGCGGGUCAUCACUGCUAAAGAGAGCAUGAAGGCCAAAGUCAACGCAAUACGCAAGAAACUGGUGGAGCAGGGUCCUUGUCAUAUUGAACUGCAAACAGCCCUUGACAAGAUCACUAAAUCACAGCAGAAACUGGGAGACAAAUUCAACAGAUUCUACCUUCCAAAUUGUGACAAACACGGUCUCUACAAAAUCAAACAGUGUGAAUCGUCUCUGGAUGGUCAGAGGGGGAAGUGUUGGUGUGUGUCAUCCUGGAACGGGAAGAAGAUUCCUGGAUCAAGUGACCUGCCAGCAGAUGGCGAGUGUCCCGAGGAACUCAACCACUGAUCUGUCUCUUAGACACACACACAUAAUGGGGGAUCUGAAGUGCUCAAGCACUGAUUUCUCUCUCACACACUUACAUAUUAAACCACUGAUUUUUAUCAUUAUAUUUUUAAAAAUAUCUUAGUAUUUAUUUAUUGUUAGUGGUGGUAUUUAAUUCAGGUACACUGUUUUUGAUUGGUAAACUCACUAAACUCACCAAAAAAAAAAAAAAAAAAAAAAAAAAAAAAAAAAGAAA